ACGCGCUUGGUUCUAUUUGAAUUGAGCCUUCUCGGUUACCGUAGGCACGCCAUUUGUUAUAGCUGUCGCAACUUGCGCUCACUGCUCGCACUUGAUUAAAUAAUACUUCUCCGCCUUGUGUAGCAAACCACGAAGCCUGGAUACACUGCGUGGCCCGCUACCAUACUGGAGCAAAACAUCCCCCAUCCGAUGCGUGUGCGUUUAAACUCUCGUCCGUGCACGUUCACGAUUCUCGGCCCUGGCUUAAUUUAGCAUAGCCUAGCUAGGGGCUAACAAAGAAGAUGCGUCGGCUGCCAACUGCCUGCAAAGCAAAGAUCAAGCGUGAGCAUCAAGUGCUGCGCUAAUCGUGUGAAAAUGUCUGCACGCGCGACAGUAAAGGAACUUGGUGAGAAAAAGCAGAGAAACGAGUCACAACGUCAACUUCUGACGGACGCUGCUUUCAAGAAGCCUGGAGAGAUCAAUGAAAGCCGUCUUGGUCCCGAGCGGCAGGCGCCAGAGCAACUUGACUUUCAAGACGUGGAGCAGAUGCAGCUUCCCCACAUCAAGGAGGAGGAGGAAGAGCAGGACGAUGAUAUUAUCGAGUUGCUAUUGACGGGAGUCCCAUUCAAAAGUGAAGACGAAGAUCAAUUUGAGGAGAAUAAAGGGGCGGAGCCUCUAAGCAGCAGGAACUCAAGUCAACACAUGACAAGAGAAGGCGACGGCGACCACUGUGAAGAACUGCAAGCGGACAGCCUGUUAGCUCCAAUGUCAGAUAGCGACGACACGUCUCACUCUCCUAACACUGAUGAUGAGCAAGACAUGACAUGUCAUGCCGACAACAAACGCUGGAAAUGUUCUCAGUGUGGGAAAUUAUUUGUGUACAAGUCCCUUUUGAAAACCCACAUGAUAUCCCAUACUGGAGAGAAACCUUUUGUCUGCUCAGAUUGCGGUAAAAGAUUCUCUCAUAAAGGACACUUGAGAACUCAUGCGAAAACACACACUGGUGAGAAACCUUUCGCUUGCUCAGUUUGUGGUCAAAGAUUUUCUCAGAAUGGAAACCUAAGGACACACAUAAGAAAACACACGGGAGAGAAGCCUUUUGGCUGCUCACUUUGCGGCCAAAGCUUCUCUACACAGGUGAGCUUAAAAACACACACAAGAACACACACUGGUGAGAAACCGUUUGCUUGCUUACUCUGUGAUCAAAGAUUCUCUGAAAGGGCAAACUUGAGAUCGCACACACGAACGCACACAGGAGAGAAACCUUUUGCCUGCGCAAUAUGCGGUCAGGGAUUCUCUCAGAAGGGAAGUCUAACUAUACACACGAGAAUCCAUACUGGUGAGAAACCUUUUGCCUGCUCUAUUUGUGAUCAAAGAUUCUCUGAAAAGGGAACCUUGAUCAAACACACGAGAACACAUAGUGGAGAGAAACCUUUUGCGUGCUCACUUUGUGGUCAGCGUUUCUCUCAGAAGGGAAACUUAAAAGUCCACACGAGAACCCACACUGGUGAAAGAUUUUCGAAGAAUAAACGGAAAGGGUGUGCCGACGAGUGAACAAUGGAGCCUGCAAUGGAAAUAAAGAAUCACAGCAACAUGA